CUCCGCCGGCCGCCGUCCUGGCGCCGCCGCGCGCGCGAGGCCUCGGGGCGGGGCGCGAUGGCGGAGCCCGGGUGAGACGCGGGUUUACUGUCCAAGAGGAUUUAUACCUUACUUAAAAAAGAUGCCUGCUGCCUGUGAGUCAGUGCUUGAGGAUAUUGAAGACAUUGUGUCAGCAGAAGAUUUGAAGCCUCACGAUCGGCAGUUUGUGAGAAGGAAUGUUUUUCCCAAAGUGCGAAAACGCAACUCCCAGAAGAACGUUCAGACAGAUGAUGAGCCCCCAAGUGACAGCAUUAUUCCUGGUGUUCAGAAAAUCUGGAUUCGUACAUGGGGAUGUUCUCACAAUAAUUCAGAUGGUGAAUACAUGGCUGGACAGCUGGCCGCAUAUGGAUACAAAAUUACAGACAACGCUGCUGAAGCAGAUUUAUGGUUGCUGAACAGUUGUACAGUAAAAAAUCCUGCUGAGGACCACUUCAGAAACUCAAUCAAGAAAGCCCAAGAAGGGAAGAAGAAAGUUGUUCUAGCAGGCUGCGUACCACAAGCUCAGCCUCGCCAGGAGUACCUGAAAGGCUUAAGUAUUAUAGGGGUUCAGCAGAUAGAUCGUGUAGUAGAAGUUGUGGAGGAAACUAUUAAAGGUCAUUCUGUGAGACUGCUGGGUCAGAAAAAGGAUAAUGGAAAACGUUUGGGGGGAGCACGACUGGAUUUGCCAAAGAUUAGGAAGAAUCCACUGAUAGAAAUAAUUUCCAUCAAUACAGGGUGUCUCAAUGCAUGUACCUACUGUAAAACUAAGCAUGCCAGAGGAGAUCUAGCAAGUUAUCCUAUUGAAGAACUGGUGGACAGAGCCAAGCAGUCUUUUCAAGAGGGUGUUUGUGAGAUAUGGCUGACCAGUGAAGACACAGGGGCUUAUGGCAGAGACAUUGGCACAGACCUCCCCACGCUUCUGUGGAAGCUGGUUGAAGUUAUUCCUGAGGGAGCUAUGCUGAGGCUUGGCAUGACAAACCCUCCCUAUAUUUUAGAGCAUCUGGAGGAAAUGGCCAAGAUUCUCAAUCAUCCAAGGGUGUAUGCUUUUCUGCACAUACCAGUCCAGUCAGCCUCUGACAGUGUGCUCAUGGACAUGAAAAGAGAAUACUGUGUGGCAGACUUCAAACAAGUAGUGGAUUUCCUUAAAGAAAAAGUGCCUGGAAUAACAAUUGCUACAGACAUAAUUUGUGGAUUUCCAGGAGAGACAGAUGAAGAUUUUCAAGAAACUAUGAAACUUGUAGAAGUGUACAGGUUUCCAAGCUUGUUUAUUAAUCAAUUCUACCCACGUCCAGGAACCCCAGCUGCAAAAAUGCCUCAAGUUCCAGCUGCAGUGAAGAAACAGAGGACAAAGGAUCUGUCCCAGCUGUUUCAUUCAUACAAUCCAUAUGAUCAUAAGGUUGGUGAGAGGCAGAGAGUUCUGGUGACAGAAGAAUCCUUUGACUCCAAUUACUACGUUGCUCACAAUCCUUUCUAUGAGCAGGUUCUUGUGCCAAAGGAUCCUCUGUUAAUGGGUAAGAUGGUAGAAGUGAAUAUUUAUGAAGCUGGGAAACAUUUUAUGAAGGGGCAGCCAGUAUCAGAUGCCAGAGUUCAUACUGCAUCCAUCAGCAGACCGUUAGCAAAAGGAGAAGUUUCUGGUUUAACAGAGGAGUUCCGACGUUCAGCCCAGAACGGCACAAAGUGGAAAGCACAGCCUUCUGCUGAGAUCCCAGUGAAAACACAGCUCAGCUCCUGGAUGGCUUUGCAGCUGCCAUGGCAACAAGAGGGAGGUGGACUGAAGAUCCUGUCUGUCAGCCUGGCUCUACUGGCAGUUCUUGUUAUGUUUUACUAUGGAGGAAUGAAAACAGAACUGUGAACUGAAUGGGGCUUUUAUUAAAACAAUGAAACUGCUGUUCAAAAUCUUCAAAGGAAACACUUUUACCAACAAAUCUUUUUUUAUUUUAGAAAAAAAAAGCUAAUAGAAAUUGGGCAAUAAUUUGUACUCACUCUAUGCCUUUCCUGUCAUUCAAAGGAGAGAAUGUCAGUAAGCUGUGGGAAGGCCUAUCUUGCCAAAACCUGAGAUCCUUGGUUGGUAGAACAGGUUGUUACAUCUUUCCUUUUCUUUUUUUCCUAAAAUGAUGAAAUGUUUGCAUUACAUGCUUUUUUCAUAUUUGCUGUAUCAGGUAAAAUCGCAUUAAGUUUAUAAGGAAUCUUUCUAUUGAGUGAUAUUGGUCAUCUUUUAUCAGUAGAUUAUUUAAAGCUUACCUAAAGAUUUUGCUUGAUGCAGUGUGAUCGUUUGGUAUCUGUCUUUUUCCAUUAGAAUGAGCACUGCAAGACCAUUAAAGUUUGUUAUUUGUUGCUAUUUA